AAAGUAUGAACGAUCGAGUCACACCAAAGUCUGUAGUGAUUGGCUGGCCUUCCAUUUAAAUUUCAGUAAGGAGGAAUUGCUUCGUUUGAAAGUAACGUCUCUUGUGGUUGCGAUGGCACAGAAUAUUAAUCCACAUUACACUGCGCCAAGUGCUCCUUCUAAAACUAAUGAAGAAAAUCAAAACAUAUCAAAAGAUAAUCACGCCGUCAGCAAAAGAUUGCAGAAGGAAUUGAUGGUGUUAAUGAUGAAUCCAGAUCAGAGUGUAUCAGCUUUCCCUGAGGGAGAAAAUUUGUUCAAGUGGGUUGGAACAAUAACAGGAGCUGCAGGCACGGUUUAUGAAGGCCUCACCUAUAAACUCAGUUUGGAAUUUCCUCAUAGUUACCCCUACUCAGCACCUGUUGUUCGCUUUACAACUCCGUGCUAUCAUCCUAAUGUAGACCAUGCCGGUAACAUCUGUCUUGACAUCUUAAAGGAGAAGUGGUCAGCCCUUUAUGAUGUACGAACACUUCUUAUCUCCAUACAGUCUCUCCUUGGAGAGCCUAACAAUGAAAGUCCUUUAAACCCCCACGCUGCUUCACUGUGGCCUGACCAAGUGGAGUACAAGAGGCAACUGCGUGCAGAGUACGAGAAGCACCAGAAGAGUCAGUGAUGAGGUCACAGGGAUGUUUGUUUAGCAGUAAGCAAUCUCAUAGCGAGCCGAUGUUAUAUAUUUUGUACUGUGUAAGUGUGUAAUUGAAGAGAGAGGUGUAACGUACUGCCAUUUUCAUUUAGUUGAGCAUAUCUCAUCUGAAUUAGAAAUUCUUUUAUAUUGCAUUUAUUGUGUAAUUAAUUUUAUCAUUACGUGUAGACUGCACAAAUCCAGGAGUGUUGAUUACUUCUGUUCCAGUACAAAAUGAACUACAAUGUACAGCAAUUCUUAGUAAUUCUUGUUUUGCAUUCAUUCAAUUUUUCUUAAAAGUAAUUUCUGCAUGUGCAUUUUGCUGUUCUUAAAUAUUUAGUUUUAAUUUCUCCUGCGGAGAUGAGCAGUAAUAUGUACAUUGGCGAUGAUUAAUUUCACUUACAGAAUAUUUUUGGUCAGUCAUGCAUAUAAAACAAGUACUGUGUAAUUGACAAUCUUCAAAAACUUUGCAGAUGAGUAUUAAAAUCUAAGUAAAAAUAAAUUUGCAUGUGUCCAUUGCUAGUGUUUGGAAUUUUGAUGUAUGUUAAAAAUAUAGACCUCUGUAUGAGUAUAUGCUUAUUCUAUGACAUUACCUUUGUCCUUUAUUUACUAUCCUGUCUUAUGAUGUCCAGAAAUGUCUUGUGCACCUAGCACAGUUGAUAUGCCUCAAAAGUGAAAUUGACUGCAGUACAUAUUAUUGAGGAUAUGUGUAUAUCACUGUUUCCAAAAGUGUAACAUUUGUAUUAUUCUUUCUUAAAACUAUCUUCCCUUGUAUCUCUGUUAUACAUAAAAUAUAUGAAUCUAACAACUUACUAUUUCUUUUCACUUGCUGUCAGAAUCCUUCCCUGAAAAAUGUAUCCUUAUACCCUCUCGGAACCUUUCUCUGAUAAAAAUUUUCUUUUAUGGCAGUUCUUUUUGGUCAAAUGUAUUGAUUUUAUUCUUUUCUC